CCUCUCCGGGAGCCCCUCAGGAGCCUCCGGGCCGUCGCCGGGAGCCGCCCGGGGCCCGGAGCCGCCGCCAUGUCGGACUCCGGGCAGAGCCCCGCCCCCGGCGCGCGGCGCCGCUGCUGGAACCGAGAGAAGGAAACGGAGGGAGGCGGAGAGAGGAGGGAGCAGGGGGAGGAGCCAGCGGGGCCCCUGCAGAAGACGCCAAUCAUCCUGGCCAAGCCCCCGGCCGAGCGGCAGCCGCCUCCUGCUGCCCCCAAGGCGGGGCCGGCGCAAGCCCCGCCCCCUCCCGCUCCAGCCCCGCCCAUCGUGCUGAUGAAAGCACGUGGGGAGGAGGGGCGGGGAGGGGGCGGGGCCUCGGUGGCAGCGGGGGAGGGGCCGGCGCAGGCCCCGCCCACCGAGAGGGAGGGGCCACGCCCCACCCAGCCUGUCUAUCAACUGCACAGCCGCGGAUUGGCCCCGCCCGCCGCGCUGGACCCGGCGCAGGCGCAGGCGCGGCUGGCGGCGCCCGAGAAGAUGAAGAGCAGCAUCAAACUGGUGGACGAGCAGAUGAACUGGUGCGACAGCGCCCUCGAGUUCCUGCUGGAGCAGACGGACGUGCUGGUGGUGGGAGCGCUGGGGCUGCAGGGCACCGGGAAAUCCACGGUGAUGUCACUGCUGGCCGGGAACCAGCCCGAGGAGGACCCGCGCUCCUUCGUGUUCCGGCCGCAGCCGCCGGAGCUGCGCGAGCGCGGGGGGGCCCAGACCGGCGGCAUCGACCUGUUCGUCACGCAGGAGCGCGUGCUCUUCCUGGACACACAGCCCAUCCUUAGCCCCGCCCACCUGGAUCACCUGAUCAACAACGACCGGAAGCUUCCGCCCGAGUUCGCGCUGCCCCACGCCUACGUGGAGACCCAGUCGCUGCAGAUCGCCGCCUUCCUGUUCACGGUGUGCCACGUGGUGCUGCUGGUGCAGGACUGGUUCACCGACCUGGGGCUCUACAGGUUCCUGCAGACGGCCGAGAUGGUGAAGCCGCCGACGCCGUCGCCGAGCCACGACGCGAGCGGGGCCGGGCCCGAGGAGCCCUCGGAGUACUACCCACACCUGGGUGAGACUGCCCCAAACCCCCCCAGAACUGCCCCCUCCCCCGGCCAGGUUCCUGCAGACGGCCGAGAUGGUGAAGCCGCCGACGCCGUCGCCGAGCCACGACGCGAGCGGGGCCGGGCCCGAGGAGCCCUCGGAGUACUACCCACACCUGG